AUGGCGGCGGAGGUGGAGGUGGAGGCGGAGGUUGUUGAGGUGUACAUCGACAACGCUUCCGCUUUUCCGUGGACUGUACAAACAAUGAGGAACAAAUUGCCUGAUGAAGCACACUCGAUCACAGAUGUAUGA